GCACAUUGGAAACUCGUAGGUAGGCUAGUCAUUUUACGGAGACCCGUACCUUAUAGCGAGGAUAUGUAAACGGAUGCAUACGAAUCUGCCUCUCUCUCUCUCCUGUAGCAGAUACUUUGAAUUCCUAUUUUGACGUGUUUUCCAGAUGAUAUUAUAGCACUGGCACAUUUCAAGAGCUGUUGACCAGUUUCCCACCUCUUCAGAGAGGGAUUGCGAUGCCCUCUGAUUUCAUAUCUCUUCUGAGUGCGGACCUCGACCUUAAUUCGCCCAAGUCCCUCUACUCUAAAGAAUCAGUGUAUGACCUACUCCCCAAAGAGCUGCAGCUACCACCCACCACUGAGCCGAACAUCGGGGUGAUGAGUCAGAAAAGUGGCGGAGAGGCCGGUCCUCCUCCCUCGGCGGCGUUUGCUUCAGAUGCUUCAUCCACCUCCUCUCCUCUGACCAUGGGAAGUCCCUGCAGUGCUUUUCCCACCUCUUCCAGCUCUAAGACACACUCCUCUACCUCAGCCACUGUGCGGCCACCCGCAUCCAGCACCUGCACUCCAGGAGAAGUAAGUAGUCGGGGGUUGUCUGAGCUGUUGGAUGCAGAGGGCAAACUGUGUGGAAGCAGCAGCACCACCAGGUCCAUGGGAAAGAAAGGAGGAGGAGGAGGAGGAGGAGGAGGAGGAUGUGGUGGUGGAGGAGGAGGAAUGGCUGCCCAGCAGACCCAGCCGCAUCACCAGAUGACUCCAUCCAAGCGCUCUGUGUUGAACAUCUCGCCCCCGCCAGAGGACCUCUUUGAUGACAGCCGCAUGUCCUGUCAAGACGAGCUGUCGCUGGACUCGGAGCAGAGCAACAGCAUCUGGACAGAUAACUCUGUGUCUAACUUCAGCAUCAUCAGCUCCAGCUCCUACAACGACAACACAGAGGUGCCGCGCAAGGCCCGCAAGCGCACACCACGCCAGAGGCCCGGACCAAAGCCCAUCUCGCAGCAGGAGACCAGCAUGGACAUGUUUGAUGCCGACAGUGCCAAAGCACCACACUUUGUACUCUCCCAGCUGGGCCCGGACAGCAAGGCCGGCACCAAAGGAAGUUCCACAGACGGACCACAGGGGCCUGGUCCAAAAGGAGGCAUUCUCUGUGGGCAGUUCCCUCAGAAGAGCGAGGGCAAGGAGCUGAAGAUCCUUGUGCAGCCGGAGACGCAGCACAGAGCCCGCUACCUUACUGAAGGCAGCCGAGGGUCCGUCAAAGACCGCACCCAACAGGGUUUCCCCACUGUCAAGCUGGAAGGUCUGAAUGAUCUAGUGGUUCUGCAGGUGUUUGUGGGUAAUGAUGUGGGAAGAGUCAAGCCCCACGGGUUUUACCAGGCUUGUCGGGUAACUGGCCGUAACACCACAGCUUGCAGGGAAGUAGACAUUGAGGGCACCACCGUCAUUGAAGUAUCCCUUGAGCCAAGCAACAACAUGACUUUGGCGGUGGACUGUGUCGGGAUCCUGAAACUGCGCAAUGCAGACGUGGAGGCUCGCAUCGGGGUGGCCGGCUCCAAGAAGAAGAGCACCCGGGCCAGGCUGGUGUUUCGGGUGAACAUCCCACGGGCGGACGGCUCGGUGCUCACGUUACAGACACCCUCCUCGCCCAUCCUGUGCACCCAGCCUGCUGGUUUGCCGGAGAUUUUGAAGAAGAGUCUCCACAGCUGCUCUGUAAAUGGUGGAGAGGAAGUCUUCAUCAUCGGGAAGAACUUUCUCAAGGGCACCAAAGUCAUGUUUCAGGAGAACAUAGGAGAUGAGAAGUCAUGGAAAACAGAGGCGGAAAUCGACAUGGAACUAUUUCAUCAGAACCAUGUAAUAGCAAAGGUCCCCCCUUAUCAAAACCCCAGUAUAUCCUCUCCUGUAUCUGUUGGGAUCUUUGUGGUGACCAGCGCAGGCCGCUCUCAUGAUGUACACGCCUUUACUUACACUCCAGAACCCGUUAACAUUGAGGUACCAGUGAAGAAAGAAGUGUCCUCUCCAGUGAAGCCCUGCUCCUAUGAGCAGAUGAAAGCUAUGGAUAGUGCCUUAAUAUCCCCGGUUAUACCUCUUGUUAAAAGAGAAGAUGUUACUCCAAUGGAGGUGUCCAGUAACCCUUUGUCUUCAAGUGUCUUCAAGACCCAAGAUGUGAUGAACUCAACUCAACAGACCUCCAGUAUCCCCACCAACAAUGGCUCCUUCUCCAACACCCUGCCUUGCCAGCCGGGUGAACAGGACCAGAGCCAAAGUACCGCUUUUGCCAGCAAAGAGGCCUUGACCACCAUACAGAAACAGGACAUUGCACCUGCUAGUUCUUUCCCAGUGUCUGGGAAGUCUAUGCUCCCACAGGGACCUUUUAUGAUGCAGGGUAUGGAGCAGGAGAGGUCUAACAGUAAUGUGAGCACAGUGGUGUCUCUCUCCCAGCUGGGCGAUUCUUCCCAGCAGCAAACCCAGCAGCUUCCGCUCCUACCUCUGGAUGAGGUGGCACAACUGGAGCAAGCUGUCCGUCAGCUGCAAGCCAAGGGUUACUGCAGCCUUCCGCUGCAGUCAGAGAAUCCACUGGCUAAACAGCAGCAGCAGAAACAGCUGCAGCAGCAACAACUGCAACAGCAGCAGCAACAAAUUCAGCAGCAACAGCAGAUUCAGCAGCAACAAAUCCAGCAGCAACAGCAGCAGAUUCAGCAACAGCAGCAGAUUCAGCAGCAGCAACAGCUUCAACAACAACAACAACAACAACAGCAACAACAACAACUUCAACAACAGCAACAGCAGCAGCUUCAACAGCAGCAGAUUCAGCAACAACAGCUUCAACAGCAACAGCUUCAGCAGCAGCAGCAGCAGCAGCAACAACAGCAGCAGCAGCAGCAAGCCCUCGAGAACCUUCAACAUCAGAUGUUUCCACCGCAGAUACCAAUGUCCCAAAAUCCUUCACAGACCAUGGUACAGAACAGUGGCUCCCUCUUCCAGUCAUCCCAACAGCAGCAGCAACAACAACAGCAACAACAACAGCAACAACAGCAACAGGCAGCUCUCUUCCAGCAAGCCAAAGACCUCCUCUCGAUCCAGACCAGUUUCCUCCAGCAGACUCCUUCCCACGCCUCACCACCUCUGUUCCACAACCCCAGUCCCAUGUCUGACAGCCAGGACCCACAGGGAGGACUUUUUCACACCCCAAAGACAUCUCCUACUCAGGAGCAGGUCCAAGCAGCCCUUUUCCAGAACAGUCUGUCAGCUCUGAACGGCUCCACUCUCCCAGCAGAACCCCAGGCCUCUGCUACGAGCAUGUUCCUCUCCCAGAAUCCUCUGUCCGGUCCGCUGCCGGUAAAUGGAGGCCAUCAACAGCAGCUCAAUUUCCUGAACUCUCUGCAGACACAGAGUCUGGAGACUCCGUCUGUGUUCCAGAAUCAGGCCCAAAUGUCUGCCAUGCAGCAAAGCACCCCUAUGGACCAGCAGCAAUGCCCACAGCCUCCGCAGCCUACCCCUCAACAGGGAAACCUCUUUCAGAACCUCACACACUCACCCUCCAACAAACUCCCACAGACUCAGCCACAGCAAACUGGCCUGCUGUUCUGCAGCAACCCUCUGCCUUCUGUCAAUCCUGAGCAGGCCUCGAGCCUGCUUUUUGGGAACCAGGCCCAGAUGUCCCCUCUGAGCACCAAUACCAUGCCAUCCCCAGAGCAGCCCAACCCCAGCCUUCCCUUCUCUCAAGCCAGCAUGGUGACUGUGAACAGGCCGAACUCGUCGGAGCCCAUGUCAUUCCAAAACCAAACGUCUGUGGAAGCGAACAAGCCGCUCCAGCCCAGCAUGUUCCAAGACCAGCAACCCAUGCAGUUGACCCCCAGCUCUAAUGGAGGGUCUGCGCAGUCUGUUACACUCUUCAUGACCCAGUCUAACGUGUCCCAAGAGCUACCCCAGGCUUCACUGUUUGCCUCUCAGAAUGGAGUAGCAGGGCUCCAGACCACCACCUCUUCGCCCGUGCAGCAGCCAGGAGCGCUGUUCCAGUCGGCAGUGAAUGGGACCCUCAACCGGCCUGGACAGACCCAGCAGCCUGGACUCUUCCUGUUUGACCUGCAGAAUGAUUGUGGUGGAUUGAUGAAUUCUGCUGGAACCACGUUGUCGGAUCAGAUUAUCGCCAUCAGCCAGUCGGGUCAGAACCAGAGAGAGGCUGAGGGCCAGAUCCAACCAAUGCUCACCCAAUCUAUUUCUGAAUCUGGCACAAUGCAAAACAGCAUGACUGCCAAUCAGAACAUAGAGAAAAUCGAUGACCUUCUUGUAAGCCUUCAUGAGCAAGGCAACAACUUGUCUCGCUCCUAUUAGAGGUUCCUCAACUUUGACAGGACUUCCUGCUCUUGUUUGACUGAUGGUCAGAUGGCCAGACCAAAACCAAGAGGCCAAUAGGUGUUACACUGAUUUCCACUGUUUGAAAUUUAAACAAGGCAAUAUCAAUGAUGUACUGGAUGAGGAUGAGGAUGCCAGAUGGAGUUUACACAGUACAUCUGUGUAGGAUAAUCAGGCAUGGCAUUCUGGGAAGAUCUGUAUUUCCGGUUUUCUCUUUGGGGAUGGCUACAUGUUAUUUUUUUUUUUUUGUCGUCUCUCUCCAACUGUGAAUGACAAGAAUCAUAGGAUAAAACGUUUGGUGUUGUCCCGUUCAUUAGUCUGAAUUGCAGUUUUUGUUUGGCUUUGUUUUGUUUGUUUGUUUGUUUGUAAUUACACCUUGACACAAGUUUGCAUGCAUGUGUCCUGUAGUAUUCAGGACAUGAUGUGUCCUUUUAACGGUUUAUAACAUGUUGCAUUUUUAUAUUAUAAUGAACUAUUUUAGAUUAAUCAAAUAUCAUAUUCAAAACCAUAGAAAUCUGGCCUGUGUUUUCCCUUUCCCUAAGCACUUUAUAAUGUUCUCCAUUGUGACUAGUUUCUCCUUAUGGUGGACUCGACGUUUUAAGGCUAUUAGCAUUUCACCUGGACUAGUGUUUACUGUUUGUAUAUUUCCUUUAAACUCUCUUCUUGCAUAUUUCAGGAGGAUUUAGUUUUGUAUUAAGUACUGAAUAUUCAUCCUAGCAAUCUCAAAACAUGCAGUAUGAAUUGCUCACUUAAUACAUUCAAUACAUCAUAUACUGAAUCAAGAGAGGAAUCUACCUUUACUGUAGGUCAUUAAAUAUUCAUUCACUCACAAUUUUAUAAUGUGAAAGUUAAUGACUAUUCCACAAGCAUCUGAUUGCAUACAUAUUUAUCAUAUGAACGUUGUAUGCCUGACAGUAUACUGUAUACAUGCUCCCAUGGAAAAUAUUUCGGUUGUAAGUAUUUUUUUCAUGCCUUUCAUCCAUGUUUGGAAUAGAAUCAUUUGAUUGAUUGCUUCAGACCCUUUAUCUGCUAAGGAGAAUUCUGCAUGUGCUGCCAUAUUACAAAGGAUGGCAGCCAAUUUAUAAUUUACCUUUUUUAUCAUGCCAAGGUGCUACUUGCUGGAAGAGCAUAGCUUUUUUGCCAUGCUAUUCAAUACUUUCAAUCAUUUUGUAAAUAGUAUCAUUUACCGUACUGUAAAAUAUAGUACCAACAUUCUCAUGUAAAACCAGCCAACUGAGAAUUAGCCACGCGGUCUCGCCUCAUAUCCGGCUUUCUGGCCAGUUUUAUGGCUUGACUGGGUUUGGUAGUUCAUGCGUUUUCUGCAACGUUAAGAAACUGGCCAUUAUUUGUUGUGCCUAAACCAUGUAGUGGGUGUGUUCAUCAUCUCUCUAAAUCUCAAUGUCUGGCAUGUUGUAAAGUUGUCAAACUGGUUUGUGUGGUUUGUUUUCAUGCGUUUUAGUUGUUUGGGAUGGAGGACUUAUUGAUGUUGUUUUUUUGUUUAUAUAGAUAGUAUUCACAUUACCAGGGGCUGGUCUCGCUGAUGACUAAUAGCUUGAUUUUAGCCUCACUCUUGAUGUUGAUUGUUUAUCUGGGGUGAAUAUUCUUUUUCCACUGUCUUCAUUAUCUUCUGAUUAAUUUGACUGUCGGUCAGGUUGUUAAAAGGAGAGUGUGAAAUCUCUGGGUAAAUGAUGUCUGAUGUUCGAUUAAAGAGCUUGAGUGGUGUCCUUUUAGAUGUUUAAAGGGACCUGCUGACGAGGGAUGAGUCACACCGUCUCUAAAUAAAUGCUUAGCUUGGCUUUCAUCUCUUUAAAAUACUGUUGGAUGUGUUUCUGUACUGUCAUGAAUAUUUAUGUGGGAAAUGCACACUUCUAUUAUGUUUUCAUAUUAUCUCUUUUCAUGUAAUCGUAUCUAAUUUAUUGUCUGGAGUGUGUAGUGAUUGCUUCCUCUCCCUAGGUUUUUAGCACUGUAAGCAAUGUACACAGCCUAUGUUAUAGAAUGUCAAUACACCCUUUCUAUUUUUUCAUCUUAUAUUGAAAAUUGGUAAUAUAUUUCUCUAUUGGCCCUUGUUAUAUGCUUAUCCCAAGGGUAUCCCAUGAUUGAGGGGACAUAUUUUCAGAUUGAGGGUGUUCAAAUGUACCCUGCUCACAGCGAUACAGUUGUACAUUCCUGUAUAUUCACUUCAUUUCUAUGUAUCAAAUGCCAUGUUUAAAUAAAUUGCAUUGUAUUUUUUUAUCCAGAGCAUAUUUGUGAAAUAGAAAUAGAAUUGUAAAAAUUGAUCGAUAGUUGUCAUAAGUGAAAACACAAUGAAAUGUCAUGCCAAUUAUGAAGCCAUACAAAGAAAAUAAUAUCUAUCCCCAUUCUUAGAGAGGAUGUAUUUAUGUAGACACAUGUUAAUGGUAUAGGCUGCUGCAGUUGCCACCUCUACAUUGGACCAAUUGCAAACAAGUACAUUCUUUAUCUAUAUUAAUAUUUAUAUAUAUUCUUGUGAAAGAUUGUAUACACUUGAGUUGAACUUGUUUUCUAAUAUAUGAGAAAUUAAAUAUUUUUAUCAGACAUUAAACAGAUGUCACAACUAGAAUAUUUUAGUGAAUUUCAGUGUAUGUAUUUAAGAUUACAGAAUAUAUGAAUAGGCCUAUUUACAUGAUCAUACACCUAUAGGGAUCACAGGCAUAUUGAUUCACUUUUUGAAACAAAUGUAUCCGUGGCUUUUACUAUCCCCCAUGGUCCUUGUUAAUUAAUUUGCUUUAUGUUUUCAUUUUCUUUUGGUAGGUUUUAUUUGUAUUCUGUGUAAAACAUACAAAAUGUUGACAAUUCAUAUGUGAUCAAAUGAAAAGUAACAGUCAUACAUAUACAGUAGAGGUGUCACUCAGUGAAUUGGAAGAUAUAUUUGUGCCUUGACAAACUUUUAUAUUUAUAUGGAAACUACUUUUGCUCCGGUGGUGCCUGUUGCAUAACAGUGUCACAGUUUUCAGUGGUUGUUGUCCUAUCUCAAUGUUAUAUAUAGCAAGUCACCAGACCUGUGGCCUAAUUAUGGCAACUCAAUAAGUGUACUGUGAUGUGCAAUUAUGUUUGUGCAUUUAGUGUUAUUUGUACAACCAAAUUCAUAGCAUUUGUUGUUCGAAGAUGUCUGUGUCGUUGACAUUUUUAUCUCAACCUGCCAUGCAGUUUGAUUCCAUACAAUAUUAAAUCUGUUACUGUUUAAGAA